AUGAUUCCAUUCUCGCCUGCUGGGACUCCUCUCAGCUUGCUAACCGACACCCCGCGUCGGCGGAAGACACCGCGCGUUGCCACCCCCUCAGCAAGUCGUAGUCCAGGCAUAAGGCCUGAACCUAUACAAGCCCCUCCGAACGACGUCGUCCAGCAAUCUCCGAGUCGCCUGCCCACUCCUACCCGUCCGCCGCCGCCGCCGCCUCGCUGGCCUCGUCUUAAUGCAUGGAUACCUGAUGACGAAUGGAUAUUAGCUACAAAACACGUCUUCGGGUACGGACCUAUGGACUGGCAGCUCGGUGCAGCCACGAAGAUCCUUGAGACCAAUGACUCUAUGAUCAUCGCGGGCACAGGGGCGGGCAAGUCACUCGUAUUCGCGCUGCUUGCAAUUGCAGCUGAGUUGACGAAAUCCGAUGGACUCGUCCUUGUUGUAUGCCCACUUAAAGCCCUGCAGUUAGAUCAGGUACGUACACACAGUCCGAUUGUUUUGUACUUACCUUACACUUGCACUGCCAGGUUCGCCGCUUGA